AUGAAAAUUGAAGAGAGUGAAAAAAAUGAAGAUAUUGUUUAAUUAGUUUUGCCCCUUUUGGAUGUUGUCUAAUGUUUUGCUAAUGGAAGUUUGAGCGUUGAAAAUUUAAACGAAUCAUAAAAGGCUGAUUUUUAAUCUUGGAUAAAAAUAGAGAAGAAAUAGAAAAAUUUAUUUAAGCUUUUAAAAACAAAGAGAGAAAAAUUGAAUAAAGUCUAACUUAAGAUAAUAUGA